CUCCGCGGAGGCGAGUGGUGCAAAGCCGCUGCACCGUCCUUUCUGCGGAGGCUUUGGCAAGGGAACGGGAGCAGUAUGACUUCCGCGGCUCUGGAGAUUUUGGGGCUGGGGCUGGGCAUCCUGGGCUGGGUGGGGGUGAUCUUGGCUUGCGGGCUGCCCAUGUGGCAGGUAUCAGCCUUCAUCGACGUGAACAUCGUGGUGGCACAGACCAUCUGGGAAGGGCUGUGGAUGAUCUGCGUGGUGCAGAGCACAGGGCAGAUGCAGUGCAAAGUGCAUGACUCCAUCCUGGCGCUGCAGCCCGAGGUGCAGACGGGCCGGGCGCUCACUGUCAUCGUGGCGCUCCUGGGGCUGGUGGCUCUCAUGGUGACUGUUGUGGGCGCACAGUGCACCAACUGCAUCCGGCCCGGCAAGAUGAAGUCCCGCAUCGUGAUCGCCGGUGGAGCCAUCUACAUCCUCUGUGGGGUUCUGGUCCUCAUCCCGCUCUGCUGGUUUGCAAACAUCGUCAUCAGCGACUUCUACGACCCAACUGUGCCACCAUCCAAGAAGCGGGAGAUGGGGGCAGCGCUCUACAUUGGCUGGGCGGCCACAGCGCUGCUGCUCUUUGGGGGCUGCCUCAUCUGUUGCUGCUCCUGCUCACCGCGGGACGAGACCUCCUUCCCUGUCAAGUACUCGGCGCCCCGACGGCCCACCUCCAACGGCGAGUACGACAAGAAGAACUACGUCUGAGCAGGGCUCGCCCUGGCUCUCCCGGCCGUGGUUUACUUGAAUGUGAAAUCAUUGCAGGUUGCCAGAAUUAUUGGAGGACAGAUUCAAAGACCUAGGAGAUCCUUGUGUAUCCUGGCUCCCACAGGGCAUGCCUCCGUGUCCUCCCAUCUGCACUACAGGAGACUGGAAGCACAAACAUUGUCUCAGAUUUCAAUGGCUGGGGUAUGGACAGCUUUCGUGGCCUUCUUGCUGAGCCCCUCUGGCUGCCAAUUUUGAAUUGUGUGCUCAUCUGGAAGAUCAGCUGCUUGGCACCCCAACGUAAUUCUGUUAAUACGUACCUCCCUUCAAUUACCAAAUCAGGCAAAGAAACUCAACGUGAAAAGACUUUUUUCCAAGCGUUUUGUCUGAGACUGUAUACAGGCUAAUCAAGAGAUGCAAAGCCGUGGCUCUCAAAGCCCUCUUAGCUCCACUGCAUUGCCCUGGUAACACUGUGCAGGUUGGAAAGAAGAUACCUCGGGCAACAUAACUCACAGUUUCCGAGCUUGACAACAGCUAAACUUCACCACAGCCUUGAACAUUGACAUACACCUUUCCUUUUUUGCUCCAGAAACAAACUUUUUUUUUAGAGGAGAGAUUAAGGGAAAGUAUUAUACUGUCUCAUGCAAAUUAUCAAGAGAAAAACAAGGUCUUACUUGUACCUUUAAAUCGACACUGAAUUCUGCUACGGACCAUGGCAGAAUCUGUAUCGCCAUAAGGAACUUCCUGCCAACAGCUAGUGAGGAAACGUGCUAUUUACAGAGCAUCAGCAUUUCUCAGAGUGUAACACUACAACCUCGAGGGUCUUGCAGAUGCAUAGCAAUACAGGGCAUACCUAACCCGUGUUUUAACUCUUUUGAGUUUCUGAUAACGCUGAGGUGUAAGGACUAACCAUAAUUGUGGUUCUAGGAUAGGUUUACACUUACUAUGCUCUUGCUUUGCAUAGCAAACCGAAAAAAAACCCAGAGGUAUCAAGAUGUACACAGAUCUAAAUGAAAGAUUAAGGCCUUUCCCCACCAAAUAUUAAUGUUGAACACUGAGCAGAUGGUUUGCCUUUAAAGAUAACUGCUUUCAUUUUUAAACACCUAUGUUGCAGAGUCUGAGCCCAUCAGACAAAACAGAUAGAGAGCAAUAUGAUUAGAACUAGUUUUUUUCUAUAAAGAAUUGCAGUCCUUGUAUUGGCUGCAUUUAAGUAAAAGCUAUAAUGUUGUUGUUAUGAUGUGAUAUGUAGUUUUGGUACAAGAAUGAAAUAUGCCGUAUUUCAUCAUCGCAACUUUUUUUAAGCAAUUUAACCUUGUAAACUGUAAAUGUAUUUAAAUGAAUAUAUUUUGCAAGAAAUCUACCAAAGUUGGCUUGUUAAAUGGUUUGGUGCCUUUAUUUGUUUCACGGUCAUUUUAUUUUAAAUGAUAAUGUCUAACUGUCACUUGGUCGGUCCACAACUAUAGACACACUACUCCCUAUAUGCUCUUUUCCUUGACAUGAGGGGGCUGAACGAGGAACUAGCCCAAAUCCUACAGACUUCACUCUCUUUUGGCAAAUCUCAUUAAUUCAAUAGGAAUUUGUCUCAGUUAAAGAAUCAAAAAGUAAUCCCAUACUGGUGGACACCUCCAUGUAACUUUACUCUAGUACUACAUUUCCUUAGAAUAAAUAAAGUUAUGAAAAGGUUGCUGGGGUAAAGCCCAUGGAAGUGAUGCAGAAGAUGAAAUAUUUCUGAGCAGUGCGUUCCUAGUGUUCGGAAUCAAAUCAGAGCUGGUGUCUUCAGGGGAGGGAAAUUGAUAUUUUAGAAAGGAAAUUUAUUCAACAAGCUGAACUUUGUGAAAUAUAGCUUUGUAUCACAGCAGGUCUGGGUCCACUUAUAACCAAAAUCUGAAACAAUUACACAGGACCUCUUGGAAAAGCCAGCACUAGCUGUGUAUGUACUAGCAACCACAGCAUCAUUCUACCAAAAACAUUACUCGCUGCUGAUGCAAAACAAUUUCACUGAGGUCACUGAGGCAGCGCCCAACAAUACGAGCAGGAAGUGAGGCCCAUUUUUUAAAAAUAUUUUUGUAUUUAAUCUCAUCCUUCAGUAUACUAAUUCACUGCUGUGCUUUAAAAAAAAUAACUCGAGAGACUGUUGUUUCUGACACCACUGGCUUCAGGGUAAAAAUCUAAGUUGGUUUUUGCUUUGUUUUGUUUUCCAAGACCUAUGAGUUGAAUUUUAAGAAUUGGAAGUGCUCAGGAUCAGGCCUGAACCUCAUCCCAGUGUAAAAAAAGAAAUCUACAGUACUAGUUUACUAUUUUUAUUUUGUAUUUAUGAUUUCAUGUAAAAAUAAAAAUAAAAACAUCUAAACCCAU